AUGGCGGUGGUCAAGAUUGUCGCGGCGGCGAUUGGGAAGCUCGAGGCCGACACACAACGUGUCAGAGCCGAAGGUCUUGAAGCCCUGAAGAGCGCACUAGGACAAGACAAUAUCAAUUCUCGAGUCAAUGUUCUCGAAGAUGAUGUGUUCCACAAGAUCCUUGAAUUGCUUUACACGAUCAUCUCCAGAGAAAAAUCUGCUUUCAGUCGUGCUGUCAAGCCAACAACCAAGAACAAUGCUGCAUCUCGCCUGGAGGUUGCUGCAGCCGCAUUUAGACUCGUCGUGGAAGCAGGGACUCCAAACAUCUCUUUCAAGACGGCUUUAUCCGUCCUAGACCACGUCGUCGAUACUUUGCCCUUAUCAGAUGGGUCUCUCUGCAAGCCCCUGAAGACUGACUAUCUCAAGUCCUUCCGCUCCAUUUUGGAAUAUCCUCCUCAUCCAGAGCACAUGCGCCCUAAAAAAUGGCAAGGCUAUGUUGACUUCAUACUGGAGGCAUUGUCUUCAGGUCUUGAGGAUGGCCCAGUAGAUGGUCAUCUUGUGUUUAGCCGGGAGCCCAGCAUGACUUCCGGGUCGGGCCAACAGUUAUCCAUACGCCGUAGUCAACAAGGCCCAAGGAGCCUCGGAAAGGAGAUUGCUUCACAUGCUGAAGACCUUACUGCUGCUUUGAGAGGUCUUACAUGUGUGACGAAUGCACCAGUUCUGACACGUUCUGCAGCUAUCGCCGAAGUACUUAUUGGUCUCUUGAACUCAACUACUCGAGGACAAGAGACAGCAUUUGAGACGUUGAACAACAUCAUUUUUGUUACAUUAACAGAGAAUGUCACUUUGAUGCACACAAUUCUAGCUGAGCUCAUUCCGAUCCUACGGAGACUUUGGGCUACCAAGUCAAGCAUACUUCGGGAACAAAUGCUCAUCACUCUAUUCACCUGUCGGUACUUCUUUCUCUCCGCAGUGGAGUCAUGGCCUCAGAUUGAUGCUGAACAGCUUCGAGCUCUCCUACGAACCAUUCUCUCCGAAUACCAACAUCGCAAUGAGAGAGAAAUCCUACACUUCGACGAUAUGAGUCCUUACGUUGUCGAUUGUGAUCAUCCACUACGACUGGCACACUUUGUGCCAAUUAGGGACUCGCCCCGAGCUCUGUCAUGCUUUAUGACUUUGUCUGUCGUGUCAUGUCUCAUUUUGGGACUAGUCUUCCGAAGCAAAUCGACACGAGCUGAUCCUCACUCCGAAGACGCAUCUCGGAAAAGGCAGAGAACUCAAAAUCCUUUUGACGAAGCCUUGCAAAGUGCGACACUCGCUACGGGCCAGGAGAGGCUGAUUGCCUUGCAGAUUCUACUCUUCCUACUUGAUCAACCGCGCACGCUCGACAGCGAGCUCUCUGCCGGAUUUUCCAAGUUGAUGCAGGCAUUGACUCACGAAGAUGGCAACGUACAGACCUGGGCAUUCCUUGUUUUCUCGCGAUUAUUGCUUUCUCAACAUUCCAUGCCAGCUUUAUCAAUCAACUGGUUACAGGUCUACGAGGCUGCUCAGGGAGCAUUGUCUGUCCCGACGGCGGCUCGAGCAGCCUGCCAUCUUUUAAAUGUCAUUUUGUCGACACGGAUCCUUGGAUCAGCUCUGACGGGAGCUUCUCUGCAGAAUGCGGUUUUCGGAGGAUCUGUCAAUGGACCUUGCCUGUUCACUGAUACCGCCUUGAUAUUUUUGAAAACUGCUCUUGGAUCUGGUUUGUUUGGGAAUGGGAAAGCCUUUGAAGCCUUCUGCCUGAAAGCCCUGGAGUGGCUGGCUACAAGAUGGACGCUCCCUCCUACUCUUGAUCGCCUUUCCAACUCGCAAAUCGCGUUUCAUGGCCGACCAUCACUUCUGUAUAUGCUACUCACGUCCAUGUGUGGCUUCGAUGAUCGGCCCAUGCCUCGAGAAGAUUGGUCACCUUCACAUCCAUUGUGGCGAGCAUCAUUGAUUCCCUCUGAUGAUCUUGGUUUUCUUCAUUACCUUCUCUGUCUUCCUCAACCUGAGCCCAACGGUGUUCAACCUCCAAAAUCUGGAAGCCUGCAGAUUGACUCUGUUACAGCCUCCCAUACCACGAAGGCUGUCGUCGACUUUCUGAAUGGUCGGCUGUCCGACAUCUUGCACUCAUGGGAAAGUAUACGAUCUGAGCGAAGUUCCAACAUCACAAGUGAUAUCGCAACAAUCUUGAGCGUGGCUUCCACCACAGCCUGUGGUGUUUGGGCCCGAUCCGUCCCCCUUGCUCAUAAUCCUCAACAAAACCCUGCUCACGCCAAAAGCCGGGAUCUAAUUGAGGCGUUUAUCAGCGAUCAGAGUGAAGACAUGCGCAGAGUAGUCACCCUACGGUUCUGCGAAUCCGCUCUGCAGAUAUACCAUCAAAUUUUCCAAACCCAUGAUGAAUCUGCUUUGGAGGCAUAUCAACCGGUGAUAGAAUUAGCAUUAAGACUCACAAGUUUGGUUACCGACCACAAUACGACAACCUCAGACCCGCAGCACCUGUCCGAUUUCCAAGUCAUGGAUAUAGACUCGUGGGAUUCACAAGCUAGUCAGCGAAGCCAGCACACCCUCUCCUCAAAUGCCAUGAGGAUUGAUCUGCCACUCUGCAGCGACACACCAUCUUUACUGACAAGAAACAAGGUGGAACUUGCCACUGCUUUGCAGGUUAUAGAGUCACGUCGAUCGCUCAACCCUGAGGCAGCUUCUGAGGUUGUUGAUCAGAUUCUGUCUUUGGACUCAGAUUCGUUGCUCGCCGCCCGCGGAGCGGUCCAAGACUUUUUCAGACUCGACCCUGGUGUCACUCGUACCGAUGCUCACCGCCUCCUCAGUGAUCUCGGGAAGAAGUAUCUGCAAGACUACCGAUUCGAAAGGUGUGAAGUCGCUUUAAGUUUCUGUCUGACCACGAUGCAAGCUCUCUCAAGAUUAUGGGCUGCUCAGGAAGAAGCUGAUGAUCUCCAAGAAACUGCACUGGAUAUCUACGAUUGGUUUCUGAGCACGGCUCUUGGCAAGCAGAUUGCUAGUCGCAAAGUGCUUCUACACAUCACAAACUUACUCGACUUGCUUAUGAGACAAAACACGUCCUUCAACGAAGAAGAGCUCCCUUCUCCCAAAACCAGUUUGCUCCAGAUUUUAAGAGUCAGUAAUUCGACGACAAAAUAUGGUUUGGCCAAGAAAUUGAUCUCUAUAUUUGAAAAGUAUGUUUUGAGCCAACAUGAGGCCAUUUUCGAUGACAUUGUCGAAAACCUGCCCUCAGACCCAGACAACAAGGAAGGCAUUGCGGUUCGUCUCCAUGUUGUAGCACAACUUGGUGCUCGCUGGCAUACUGUCCUGCGACAGGCCACUUAUCAUACUUUUGAAACAGUCGCCAAUGUACCGUCAACAAUGCCUAUGGCCACAGCUUGCAUCGCAGCAAUGUGUACAACCCUGGGCCUGAAAACGCCCCAGGUAUUGUUCAAGCUUUUUGCGCCACAGAUAUUUUACACUUGGCUGAGCAGAGGUUCUCUAGCACAAAUUCCUUAUCAAGCAUUCAGCUACAACUCUUCCAAGGAACUGGCCUUGGACAAUAUCGCAGAGCUCGUCGGUCAGAUCGCACUGAGAGGCUCAAUCCAUGCGGAAGAGCUAGCGGUUCUAGUCGGACAAGACUGGAAGUCCCUUCUGUCGACCAACUUUUCUUAUGCAGAAGCCUACACCCUUGCAUCUGAAACCAGCAUCCCCAAGCAAGAGCGCCUCUACGAUGGUUCAGAGAAACUGAUACGGAAACAACUCGGAUCUGAAUUCUAUCUGAAGCUAUUACGUUCCAGUCUUCCCGACAUCGUCGCUCGUCUGAUCAUAUCGCUGCAGGACGACCGCGCAAUUGACAGAUCUUUCGAAAAGAAUAACCAGGUAUCUGCUCUUCAUGCAUGGCAAGAAAUGUCCUCGAUCUCAGACUCAAACACGCAGCUUCCACUCUCUCAGCAGCCUUCUUUCAGAGCAAGAUGUCUUCUGGACGAACUCAAUUAUCUCUAUCAACGCCUAGAUAUUCAACCUGAUGACGUCUGGACCUCUGCCCUUUUGAUUCACGUCUAUAGGCAGCUUCUCGAAAGGACGAACUCAGCAUUAGGCUCGUUGCAUAUUUGUAGCAUAAUUCGGAAGAUCCGAAUUGCAGUCAGCCUUGCAGGCCCCGCUGCACUGGAAGGAUACCCGUUGGAGAUGAUUUUGCACAACUUGCGACCUUACCUCACGAUAUUUGAGUGUGCUGAGGACACCAUGGCGAUCUAUAACUAUCUGUUAAAAGCUGGCAAGGCCUACCUCAACAAGAAUCUAUCCUUCAUCGCAGGCUUAGGGGUAGCAAUCUUCACCUCACUUAUCGGAUUCAUCGGAUCUUCUCAAGGCAGCACAACACAGGAAAUCCAUUUCGUAUCAACAAUGAAUAAGGCACAGGCUUUCCGAAGCUUUCUGGGUGAUUAUUUGGACUCCAUGGAUCUCGAAGAGGUGACCGAUAAGGCAAGGUCGACUUUUCAAUCCCUUGUACUACAUGCAAAGGCCAUAGCAUCAUCAGGGAACAGCUCAAAAAGUUCCAGCGAGGGAAAUCUGUUACUGGUCCUUCUUGCUGAUAGAAGCUCGGAAAAACCUUUACUUACAGACCUUCACUUCGACAUCGCUAUCGGAAUUCUGUGUCAACAUUUUGCGCCUGCAGUCAGUCGUUCGGAUGAUAUCCUUGAAGAUGACCUCCACGCAGCACAGUUUGCGCCCAUCCUAAACACAAUCGUCAAAAGGAUCAGCUUGAAUCAGCCGUUCCGUAUAUGGGCUGCUGAAAUCAUUGGCCGAGGGCAUAUCAUGCGCGGCCUACGCUUCAACGCUAGAAGUGAAAGGUCGAUUAAUUAUCCUUCUGACUUAACUCAAAUUGAGCCAGACCGGGACGCCAUAAAUUCUUAUACCAGUAUUACGCAGUUCCUCCUAGAUCUCAUAUGGCGAUCUGACUUUACUGCCUCAUCUUAUGCCGAGAAAACUCUGCAACUGAUAUUCAGUGGACUGUCUGAUAGAGAUCAGGAAGCCGUGCUGCAACCAACAGUCGAUAGGAGCCUGAUUCGUCAGCUCAAAUUUGAGCAUUUCCCGUGCCCUGCAAUUGUUCUCUCACAGACGAGUAUCCUGACUGCGGAAGCACUGUCCUCCUCCAAUCGUCCCAAUGGGAGCUGGGCUAGUGACAUCUUGGCUGAGAUCAGUGAUGCUGCUGUACACGAUCCAGUUUUGAGCUUUCUAAAGCCCUUUGCUCUUGCAUUAUCAGCUUCUGCGGACAUUCUACUCCCGUUCGCAGUUCACCUGAUCCUUCUUCGAGAAAUCAAUGGGCAGCAGCCGUUCAAGGACAAAUUAUCACAAGAAUUCACAAAUAUUUUUCUACCGGGGUCGCAAUCACUGGAGAAAGAACGUCGAUUGGCUUUGCAAAUCCUCCUAUACCUGCAGAGAUGCCGAUAUCCGAAUGAGGCCAAUAUUGGCGCGCGCAAUUCCUGGCUCGAUGUUGACUUGAGUGAUGCUGUCAUUGCCGCAGCCGACUGCCAGAUGUGGCACGAAGCACUCCUGCUGUUAGAACUACAACACUCGUAUGCUAGGCUGCAAUCAGAACGUUCGUCCCGGAGGUCUUUUGUCAGUAUUAAGCCAGUUCCUGCGGAGGUGAUUGCGAACAUCUAUAAGAACGUUGAUGACCCCGACUUCUUUUAUGGCAAAAAGCAAGAAUUCGAUCUUACCGAAGUCGUUAGCAAAAUGAGUCAUGAAGGCGCAAGCCAAACUUCACUCUCUUUCCACAGUGCAAUGCUUGACUCAAGACUGAGAAUGGACGACCAAGGGCAGUCAUUUGCGGCUAUUGCGCAAGUGACGGCAUCCUCACUGAGCGCUGCAAAUAUGCAAGGCAUAUCUGAAGCUGUGAGACAAUACUACGACGAUGGCGAUCCCAGCACCGUGUCUAGACCAGGACGGCUGCCCAGUGACGACUGGGAUAUUCAGCCCGUUGAUCGGUCUAUGACAUACUCAAAAGACAUGACUGCCUGGCUUCGAGACCUUUAUCACACAUCCAAGAAACGGGAUUUGAUGACCAAGUUAGAUCAAUCCCUAGUUUCACUUAUUGACCAUGUGAAAGCCGGCGUCUCCGACAAGGCUCAGACGAGUGAGAUCUUGACACAAUUGGCCAUGCGUGGGGAGAUUAAGCAGAUUAUGAUGGCAAGAAGACCGGAAGAAUUGGAUCUUGUGUGGGCGAGAAUUGAGUCAAGGGAUGAGCGGGUCAAACUCGUCGAAUUCGAACGCCUGGCUCCAAUACUUGAUGGAAGAGAAGCAGCGUUUGCUGCCAUGCGGCGGAACGUCAACCUGCAAUCGACAUUCUCCAUGAGUCCAAACCAAGCCCUCCGGAACGAGGUCCGGGCAGCCAGACGCUCACUUGAGCUAGCAUCCAAGUUUGACGUGCCACAGUUCUGCCUGAAUCGAACUUUGUACCUAUCAGAAUUGAACCAAUUGGCCAUUCAAACUGGCUUGGAGGUAGAUGUCGCUGUCCAAUACGACCUAGCAAGGACGUUGUGGUCUCAAGACGAGACUGCCAUUUCAAUUGGCAUCUUGCAGAAGUUGAAAGAGCGGGAUGACACUGCCAAGCAGGCCAUUCCAGUCACUAAAGCGGCCAUCCUCACAGAACUUGGUCAUAAGAUCGCCGAAGCUCGCCUCGAGAAGCCAGAUGAAAUCAUCUCCCGAUACCUCAUCCCUUCGUUUGAGGAGAUACGCGGCCAUGAGAACGGGUCAGAGGCCGGCAGGGUUUACCAUAACUUCGCUAGCUUCUGUGACAUGCAGCUCCAAGACCCUGACAACUUGGACGACUUUACCAGAAUCAGCAAAAUCAGAGUUCGCAAAGACCAAGAGGUCCGAGAACUCGAACAAAUGUACAUGAGCAGCCGUGACGAGCGACAGAAGAAACAACUGAAGAUACACCUGGACCGAGCGCGAACAUGGUUCAAGAUUGACGACGAGGAAUGGAAACGUGUUCGGAGUAAUCGAGAAGAACUCAUUCUGAAUUGCUUGGAAAACUACCUCCUUUCGAUGAAAGCGUCUGACGACUACCCUAAUGAUACUCUUCGGCUACUGGCCCUUUGGCUCAAUCAAGCGGAAAGUCGAGAAGCGAAUAAGGCGGUCGGGAAGCAUUUGUCCGGCGUCCCAACUAUUAGAUUCGCUCCCCUGGUCAACCAGCUUUCGUCGCGCUUGCUUGAUGUCAAGGACGAUUUCCAGAAGAACCUCAUGGAGCUGAUGUUUCGAAUCUGCUCUGACCACCCUUACCACAGCCUGUAUCAGCUGUUUGCUGCGAGCAAGAGCAAAGCACCGAAACAAGACGAGGUUGCGGUCUCUCGCAACCAAGCCGCCAUCAAAUUGUCUGAAAUGGUCAACAAGAAGAGCACCUCUGCUGCAGUCUGGGUGGCACUGCAUAACUCUUGCAUACAAUACCACCGAGUUGCUUCGGAAAGCCUUUCAGAGAAGGAAAAGCGACCAGGCUCGAAAAUCGCACUACGGAAGCUGCCAUCGGGCCAGAAGCUUGAGAACGUCUUAUCCGAGGCUCACACGAGGAUCGCUCCACCCACGUUGAACAUACCUCUCCGGCCCGACCACGACUAUUCGCAAGUGCCUACAUUUGUGAAGUUCGAACCAAUGAUUUCUAUCGCUGGUGGAUUGUCGAGUCCCAAGAUCGUCACCAUGAUCGCGUCCGAUGGCCAGCGGUACAAGAUGCUUCUCAAAAGCGGCAACGACGAUUUGCGUCAAGACGCCAUCAUGGAACAAGUCUUCCAGCAGGUUUCGGAUCUCUUGAAAGACCAUCGUGCGACGCGACAGCGGAACCUGGACAUUCGAACAUACAAAGUCAUUCCGCUGACCACGAAUUCGGGAAUCAUUGAGUUUGUCAAAGACACUAUCCCACUGCAUGACUACCUCCUACCAGCUCACGGGAAAUACUUCCCAAAGGACUACAAACCCAGCAAGUGUAGGAAAGAAAUUGCAGAAGCCCAGACGAAGAGUUUGGAGCAGCGUGUUCGUGCUUACCGAAAUGUCACAGCCAACUUUCACCCGGUCAUGCGGUUUUUCUUCCUGGAGAAAUUCCCAGACCCCGACGAUUGGUUCUACAAGAGAUUGAACUACAGCCGCUCCAUGGCUGCGGUCAGCAUCCUCGGCUACGUUCUGGGACUCGGUGAUCGGCACGGACACAACAUCCUCCUCGACGAGAACUCGGGGGAAGUGGUCCACAUCGACUUGGGCGUCGCGUUCGAGGCCGGUCGGGUUUUGCCGAUUCCAGAAGUCGUCCCCUUCCGUUUGACGCGGGACCUGGUCGACGGGAUGGGCAUGACCGGCGUCGAGGGCGUGUUCCGGCGAUGCUGCAAUUUCACGCUCGGGGCGUUGCGGGUAGACCAGGAAUCCAUCAUGACCAUCUUGGACGUGCUCCGGUACGACCCGCUGCAUACGUGGUCCAUCUCGCCCUUGCGACUACAAAGGAUGCAGGAAAACAACGAGCAAGCCGAGGCUGCUGCGGCCGGUGCCUCUGUUCCCCCCGCGGAGGUCGGUGGUGCAAUGUUGCCGCAGCAUGACUUGGCGAGCCGUCGAGAGGCAAAUGAACCCAGCGAGGCCGACCGUGCCCUGACGAUCGUCGCGAAGAAAUUGGGCAAAGCGCUGAGCGUGGAAGCCACGGUGAACGAGCUGAUUCGACAAGCGACGGAUGAAAGAAAUCUUGCCGCGUUGUUCUGUGGAUGGGCGGCGUACGCGUAG